AUGGGAAUAUUUAAUAUUGUUGGCAAUUCUAACAAAAUUAAGAAUGAUGUAUUUCCAGAUUCAUCACUUGCCCAUUCAGUAUUUACAAUAACUGGCUUUGGAAAUUAUUUAGAAAAUAAAUAUCGCGGACCACUCAGAAGAUCUACAUUCAUUACUGCAAUUGCUGAAGAUCCAUUCUUUGCUACUCGUGAAUACGAAAAUGAUGAAUAUAGUGCAGACUUUUCAUUUUCUGCCGAUACAUACAAUUUAAAAUCUACUGAGGCUUCAAUUUCUAGCUUUGGUUCAAUUAACAUUACUGAUAUGAAGAAUCAAACAUAUGGGAGAAUAUAUAUUCAUGAUUUUGGUAACAGCGAUUCAUUUUAUCCUGAUAAGUUACUUGGACUUUUAUUAAUGAUCUUUUCCUUUAUAGCUACUGCAGUAUUACUAAUUAUUGCAGGACUUUAUUCUUGCAAAAAGAAAUUAGAAUAA